UUUCUUUCCACUUAUUAUGUUUUUUAAAUUGGCAACAUCUCAUUGGCCUAGCAUAGAGUGAAUUUGUCGCGGCGUGUCGUGGUGAUUUUUCACUAAGUUUUUUUCCCAAAAUUCUACAAUGGCCGUUGUACACAAAAAGAAAGUUGCAAAACCUGUGCUAAAAGGUAAAGGAAAGAAGAAGAAAUUGCAGCCUAAGAAAUUCACCAUUGACACCAGUCAUCCUGUUGAAGAUGGCAUCAUGGUUGUAACCGACUUCGAAAAAUUCCUUCAUGACCGUAUCAAGGUUAAUGGAAAAACCAAUAAUUUGGGAAAUGCAGUCACCAUUGAAAGAAAUAAGUCAAAAAUCACUGUAACUGCUGACUGCAGGUUUUGUAAAAGGUAUCUGAAGUAUCUCACAAAAAAAUACUUGAAAAAACAUAACUUAAGAGAUUGGCUGCGAGUAGUUGCUAAUGGUAAGGAUUCUUAUGAACUUCGUUAUUUCCAGAUUAAUAACGAAGAUGAAGACGAGGAAGAAGAGAAUGAAUAAAUAUUUGGACAAAAAUAAAAUUUUCUGUUAUUAAA